UAAUAAAUUCUUCAACAAAUCCAAUGUCAAACACGUCAACAAGAGUGAAGUCAAAACAAAAAAGCUAUACGCCGCAUCCAGGACAAUGGUAACCAGAAAGAACGCGCACUACCUCCCGAGAAAGCAAACGAUGGAAAAGUUCCGGGCUGACUGUAUCGCUAAACCAACAAAAAAAAUCCCGACCGACAAGGUGCAGUAUAACGUGAGAUGGCCUCGCUUCUUCUUCUCUGCAAGCCGUUCAUCCUUGCAAACUUCUUACCAAGAGGUAAGGUCGCUGUCGUGGGUCUGCUUACUCUUGUCCUGUUUCGGCAACUACCAUGUCCGGGCUUUUUGCUCUUUUAUUCUUGAAACACGGUGCAUACAGGCAUCUGCAAAGAAAUGGUUGCUGGCUUUUUUCCUACUCCGGUCCCCCGCGCAUCAGCCUUUUUUUGUUUUUGGUCGUGGUGGGGGUUGCGGAUGUAAUGUACGCGGUGUUGUUCUAGUGGUUUGCGCGGUCAAGGGGUAGAACGAGCGUUCAUCAAACGCGAAUGGCGUAUUAUGUCGACACAGGUAGAGUAGACUGCGUGGCUGGCAACCAUCAUACUCGCAAGCUUCGAGCGAAGACAUUUGCUGCUCCAUCUCCAAUCAUUCCCGAGAAAACCGUCAUCGUCGAUAAUCUACCUCUUUCUCGUUUCCCGUACACCACGUUUCAUGGAUCCAACCAACCGCAUGCGACUAAGGUCAUCGCCGCCCAGCCUAAAAUACAGUCACCCCCGGAGUCCACAAACCCCAACAGCGACAAAAUCGGAUAGUUUUACGCGGUGACACACAUACACACAUAUACAUGACCUCCUCGUGCGCGGUGCGAGCUGCCUUGGUUUCUUGCCUAAAGUGUGGAUGUGGAUCUGUACACUCCCGUCCCACCAUGCGGCUGUGUUUCGAAACAACACAGAAGAAGUGCAUACUUGCUCGCUGCGAAACAGAAUUUCAAGACAUGAAGAACGCAGCAAAUACACGGGCAAAACUGAUAUUGCACAGUAAAUCGCAUAUAGCCCUUUCUUUCCCCAUCCAAGUUAGAGCACCAAGCGACAACUUACGUAGCCCCUGAGAUUCAAGAAAUAUAAAAUUACACGCACCAGAGUCCAAGUCGGAACACCAGUGACAGUCCCGCGAUGAAUGUUGGCUGAAAGAACUCCGUGACGGGCGCGCGCGCGGACGGAGUCCGAUCUGCGUUCGGUGUACGGCUAUGGCGGGGCGCCACAGUGCGAGAGUACGAGGUCACCAUUACUGCUGCUGCGCUGGAAUGAAACGUGUGCACACACUUGCAAACACACACAUAUUGUUUCUUGUGUGAUUGUAGUUCGAUCUUUUUGGUCGAAAGAUCUUGUGUCUGUCGUUGACGAAGAAGAGCCCAUCUCUUUGCCGGGUUUUCCGCGGCUGUGGUCAGACUUUGACAACCAAAAAGAGAAUGUGCUGCGACACUAU